UCGUCAAAACUGUGUCUCCUUUUCUUAUCACGAUGUGGAGAUUCUUCAUUCUAAGCCUUUUGUUCUUUUCAUCGGUUUUGUCACAGAGAUUUAAAAAGCUUUAUACACCAUUUAGGGACCUCCGAUUCCAGCAGGAGGCUUCAUUUUCACCACGUUCUGUCGCGACUAGAAACGAUUUUCGUUUUGACAAGGCCGGAGAAUGUCCGAGAAGGGCCCUCAGAAAACCUUGUAUUAAUGAACUGUGGUUUACCUUCUGUAACAGUGAUUACGACUGUCUUGGGCACCAGAAGUGCUGUAUGUACGGCUGUGGACUUGAAAGAAGGUGUAUGGAGGCGGUUAACAUACCAAACGGUUGUAAGUAUAAUGGAAUAAAAUACGAAGAAACAUCUGUAUUUCCCUCAAAAGACGGCUGUAACGAAUGUAUGUGUGAUCGGGGGAAAGUCCAAUGUACCAAGAGGAAGUGUUUGUCCUGUCUGUAUGAUGGUAUUUGGUACACCCCUCAGUACCAUUUUAAAGCAGUUGACGGUUGUAACCUUUGUAGAUGUUUACCUACUGGGAGAGUUGAAUGCACACAGGAAAACUGUGGAAAAACAAAAAGACGUUGUGACCUUCCCUUAGAACGAGGCUUGUGUCGCGACAGACUGCCUCGUUGGCACUUUAAUGUUGAGCAAGAGAAAUGCGAGAUGUUUGAAUACUCUGGAUGUGAGGGAAACAGCAAUAAUUUCUUAACACUUCGGGAGUGUGUGGAGGAGUGCGAAAUGUGAGAGGAUUUUGGGCGACAUUUUACAAGGCAAAUCAUCACUACUACUCAUAGUUUAGUAGACUUAAAGGGGUGAAAAUGUGGCCAUAAAAAGUGAACUUCUUUAUUCCUUGACAAAAUAAACAUUCAUAAAAUACA